ACAACGGGCAGCCAUCAGGUAGACUCCGGCUCGGACUCCAAGGGGAGCAAAACCGACAAGAACUCCGCUACCCCCUUUACCAAAGAAGACCACCGGGCAAUGCUGCGAGAGACGUUUGCAGAUAUCAAAGCUUACACUGCAGCAGCCCUGGAAAAGCAGAUAGCAGGCCUCAAAGAAGAAACCUCAAUAACAGAUCCCGCAGACAAAACAUACGCAUCCGGGGCCUACCGGAAUAAGUCCUACCAGACGCCAUACUCCCCCCUACCCAACACUCCAGAACAAGAACUAUAUAUCGAGCAG